GCGCGGUGCUCGUCACGUGCGGGACGGGGCGUGCUGCGGCUGUCAUGGCGUCCGGGGGGCACGGCGGGAGCGGAGCCGCUGCUGUUGUUGCUGCUGCUGCUGCGGGCGCGGAGCCGCUGCAGGGUGAAGGCGUUGCGCGCGCGGAGGGUGGCGGCAGCGGCGGGAGCGGCUCGUGCGCCUCCUCCCUGUCCGCGAGCUCCGAUGACCUUGAGCCUGAAUGGUUGGAUGGUGUCCAGAAAAAUGGGGAAUUAUUUUAUUUAGAAAUGAGUGAAAGUGAAGAAGAAGCUUUACUUCAGAACACCUGUCCAGAAAUACCAGCAGUGAAUCAUGUCAGGUUUCGUGAAAAUGAAGCUGAAGUUAUUCAGGAGGGAUCACGAAAAGAAAGAAAGUAUGAACUGAAGAAAUUGACAAAAAUAUUAAAAAAGAAGAAUCUUUUACCAAAGCAUUCUGGUAAGAAAGGGAGUGGAAGCUGUAACGUGCACUCCACUGGUCCUACUUCCAUACUGAAACACCAAUCCACUCAGAAAACAGGUGUCACUGUUCAGCAGAAAUACAAAGAUAUAUAUGUUUAUGUAAAUCCCAGAAAACUGUGCAGUGCUGGAGAAGAUGAGCAGCCAAGGCUUCUGGAGGCCUUGGUAGGGAUCGUUCAUCAGUCAUCAUGGAGCAGCAGAAGAGCAGAAAAACAAGGCAAGAAGGAUAAAGUCAUCAGAGGAAUCAGUGAAGAGAAGCUUGUAGUUCAUGGUUUGGUGCCAGGUAGUUCAGCAAUGAAAACAGGUCAAAUACUGAUUGGAGACGCUCUAGUUGCUGUAAAUGAUGUUGAUGUGAAUUCUGAAAACAUAGAAAGGGUUUUGUCUUGCAUUCCAGGUCCGAUGCAGGUAAAACUCACAUUUGAAACAUCAAUAUUUGAGUCUGAAGGAACAUCUCAGCAAAGGAGCAAGCGGGCACAGUCAAGUAUGAACAACCUGGUUCGGCUUUUGUGGGGGGAAGACAGUGCAGAGCUUCGACAGGCGACACGAGAUGUGCCUCAUAUUGUUAUGUUCCUCUCGCUGAAACUGGACUCUGAAACAUCUAAGGAUGAGCAAGAAAUUCUUUAUCAGUACCCCAUAUCGGAAGCAUCCCAAAAACUCAAAAAUGUGAGGGGAAUAUUUCUCACGCUCUCUGACAUACUGGAAAGUGUUACCGGUACCCAGAUUAUCAGUUCCUCCCUUUUCUUAUGUGAAAAACUGGUUCAAGUUGUUUACUGGAAAGAAUGUGACAAGUUGCUUGUAAUUGGCCUUCCUGAAGAAAAUGUGCCACUUUCCCAGUUAAGGAUCAUGUUGGAAAAUGUUGUCAGGACCUUAAAAUUUAUGUACAGCUCUUUAGACAGUGCUUUUUGCCAGGUGGAAAAUGUUUCUCGUCUGGAUCAUUUUUUCAACCUCUUCUUCCAGCGAGCACUUCAGCCUGCAAGAUUCAACUCAAAUGCCAGCUCCAGUGCUCAAUACUAUGAUACCUUCAGUGCCUUAUUCUUAGACAGUCUCCCAGGCUUGCGCUGGCUGACAUUGCCUCAGGAAAUCAAGAUGGAAAUUGACACAGCACUGAGCGACCUUGAAGCAGCUGAUUUUGCAGAACUGUCUGAAGAUUACUACGACAUGAGAAGAUUAUAUGUGAUUAUGGGCUCUUGUCUCUUCUACAAGGGUUACUUGAUCGGUAAUCACUUGCCAAAGGAAGAUCUUAUUGAUAUAGGUUUAUAUAGCCGGCACUAUUGUCUGUUACCCUUGGCAGCAGAACAGAAGAUUGGUCAGUUAGUGAUAUGGCGAGAGGUAUUUCCAGAGCAUCACAUCCAGCCAUGCGAAGUGUCAAGUUUUACAGGAUACAGAGAACCUGAAGCAAGAUACUUCUUAUUGAUAGUUGGCUUGAGACACUUCAUGCUGUGUGUUCUGCUAGAGGCAGGAGGCUGUGCAUCAAAAGCCAUUGGGAAUCCAGGACCAGACUGUAUAUAUGUAGAUCAGGUCAAAGCCACUAUACUUCAGCUGGAAGGAAUAGAUGCCAGCAUAGAGGAAAGGCUAGAUUCUCCUUCCAUUCCACCUUUAUCUUGUGCAGACUGGUUCCUUCCUGCAACACGUGACAAACUGGAGAGCUUGACCACCUCACCUAUCCUAAGCAAGAUACAAAAUGCUUCCAAAACAGUAACUACUCCAGCAAGCAAAAGGACCCUGUUUGGUGACUCAUCCUUAACGACACGUAAGCCAAGUCCUACGAGAAGCAGUGGAGGACCUGACCAUGGCAAUGAAGGUCCUGCAGAAGAUGAAAGCAGUAAUCCACAAGCUGUAGCCGAUCAGGUCACUAGAAAAAAACAUACCCUACCAAAUCCAUUUAAUUUAGGAAACCCUAAAAAGAACCUGUCAGAAAAGGAUAUAGAACUCUUUAACGCUAUCAAGUUGACAUCUGGUCCUGAGAAUACCCUCUUCCACUAUUUAUCUUUGGAAACAAUGCAAGGAAUCUUUAUUACUCCAACUCACAAGGAAGUAGCACAACUCGGUGGCUCCAUCCACCCACAGUUAAUCGAGAAUUUUCAUCGUUGCUGUCUUUCAAUUCGCUCAGUUUUUCAGCAGUCCAUGAAAAACCAAAAGAAGAAGAAGAAAGGCGGUAAGAUUUCAGAAUUUAGUACAGCAGAUGACGACCUAGAUCUGAUAAGAGAACAUGGAGUUUUGUUUGAGUGCACUCCUGAUAACUGGAAUGAUCAGAAGAAACCACCACCAACAAUGAGUUACUGGGUUGUGGGGAGACUCUUCCUGCAUCCAAAACCUCAGGAGUUUUAUGUCUGUUUUCAUGACUCGGUCACGGAAGUCGCUGUUGAACUAGCCUUUAAACUGUCCUUUGGUUUAGCUACAUAGAUGAGCUUCGUGAAUAUUCAGGCAUCCUUGUCGUCUCUUUAAAGUUCUUAAGUAUAAUGAGAAAUUAACUCAGCUGUGGUAUCCACAUAUAGCAUAUCUUUGAAAUGCUUUUAAGAAGGUAAAUUGUCAUUGUGGUAUGACACAGGUGAAACUUCAGAGAUGACUCCAAUGACCUCAUCAAUUGAAUACUUUAAAAGUUUUCAGAGAACCAAAGUUUUUAUUUUUAUAUAUUGCCAAAUUAUUUAUCCCAAUUGUAACUUUAUUAUAUGAAAACCUCACAUAAUUUGUACGUUCACUGCUGUUCAGUGUACAGUAUUCAAUAUAAAAUGAUGAGUUGAUAUCCUCAAAGUGCUCUGUGAAUAUUUGGCACUCACCGAUGGGGAAAAAUAUAUUUACCAUUAAUGAAAAUUUUGUACCUCUAAAGGCAUAAAAAAUACUGAAGUGUAUUCAGUAACAUUGUGUUAAUCAACACAGAGAAAUAUUUUAGCAGAUUAAUGGCAUGUAGCCACACAAAACUGAUGUCUUACAAUUUUUGUCAGUAUAGUCUGCUGCACACCCAAGGCCUAAAAGCGUGAGUGAUGUUUUACUUGAUUUCAUGAUUUUUAUUGUAAAUAACAUAUUUGUUAAAAAACAAUUUUGAAGGCAUAAAAAAAGAGGUGCUGAGGGUGAUAUUUUUGUUUAUGCAUGGAUAGCUACUUUUGUAUUAUAAUCAUAAUUUCUUAAUAAAAAUGUUUAUUUUUCAAAGACCA